AUGUCUACAUCACAACCCCAAGAACCCUCUCCGAUGCACGAUCCCCGCGAAGCAGACUACGAGCGCUUCAAGAAAUACGCCGCAUAUACCUUCCUCCUCGCCUCCCCCGUGCUCAUUGCCCUCCCUCCCCGCAAAUUCGACCAUCUCACUGUCCUCCUCGCCAGCGCCUUCGCCAUCUCCGCAAACCACAUCACGCGCGAGCAAACAGGGCGUAGUAUCGUCCAGCGCAUCGAGGCCCGGAUCGCCCGUCCCCACAUCCUGCGCGAACUCCCCAGUGAUCGGGCAGAGGAGAUCCAUGCGCGCUUACGGGCUGCGCGGGAGGCGCAACUUCGGGAAGCGGAGCUGUCGGCGAAGAAGGGCUCUGUGAGCGAGGAAGUGGAGAAGUUGAAGGCGCGACAGUUGCAGGAACAGGGUGUUGUGUCGAGGGUGUGGUUGGGCGGGGAGGAGGAAGGUUGGAUGGAGAAACGGUUGAGAAAGGAAAAGGAGGCGUUGGAGGAAGGGAAGGGAUAUGGAGAUUUGAUCUACGAGCAUAUUUGGGAGGUGUGGAAUUGGGGGAAGAAGGUCGAUGAAGAUGAAGACGAUGAUUGA